CGAAGCUAGUUCGUGGUUGAAAGCUGCAACGAAGCGCAAGGCGUGCAGAGUUGCAGCAAGAAAUUAUGAAGCGCAUAAGGAGCGCCCUGUUGGCCGUCGCUUAUGAUAGCUGCCGGUGAAUGUGUGAUCCGGGGGCAGCAGAGAUCCACCGUAAUGACGACCGAAGAGACGACCGAGCAGCCCCCGGUAGACGACUGCCUGAAGGAACGGAAAUGGUGGUGCUUCCUGCUGUCGAGCAUCUUCACUUUCCUUGCCGGGCUGCUGAUCGUACUCCUCUGGCGUGCGUUCGCCUUCCUCUGCUGUCGCAAGGAACCCGAAUUCUCCCCAAAUGACCCGAAACAGAAAGAGCAAAAGACGAGCCGCCAGGGCAAGGAGUUCGAGGGGACUUUUAUGACCGAAGCCAAGGAUUGGGCCGGUGAACUGAUUUCUGGACAGACCACCACUGGACGUAUUUUGGUGGUCUUAGUUUUCAUUCUCAGUAUAGCAUCGCUUAUAAUAUACUUCAUUGACGCCUCCAGUGAAGAGGUGGAACGUUGCCAAAAGUGGAGCAACAACAUUACUCAGCAGAUAGACUUAGCUUUCAAUAUAUUUUUUAUGGUCUACUUUUUUAUACGCUUUAUCGCCGCCAGUGAUAAGCUGUGGUUCAUGCUGGAGAUGUAUUCGUUCGUGGACUACUUUACGAUACCACCGUCCUUCGUGUCGAUAUAUCUCGAUCGGACGUGGAUCGGACUGAGGUUCCUCCGAGCCCUACGACUGAUGACGGUCCCUGACAUUCUCCAGUACCUAAACAUUCUAAAGACAUCGAGCUCCAUUCGUCUCGCCCAACUUGUAUCGAUUUUCAUCUCCGUCUGGUUAACAGCUGCUGGCAUCAUUCAUUUG